UCGAUUUCAAAUCAAAAGUCCCGUUAUUAGUCCUUUCAACAUAAUAAUACUACUAGUAAAUUACUUUUUUUUAUUAUAAUCGAUGUGUUUUUUUAGGAUCGACCGACUUCUCCCUCUCUGUCUCUUAAUGCGUUCCCUUGCUUCAUAACCAAACUGUUUCCUUUCUUUCUCCUUCUCUCUUCGGAGAAAUCUAUAAAAUUUCUCCUCAUUUUCUCAGUAUCCGUUUCUUUGGGAGGAGAGGGAACUUUUUUUUUUUUUUUGUGAAAUGAAGAAAUCAAAAUCAUCGAAGCUAGACAAAUUAGACAGAUUUGACAUGUUUAUUUCGUUAGCGAAACAACGAUCGGUUCAGAUUCUAAUCAUCAUUGGUUUCUUGUACCUAGUUUUGGUCACUUUCGAGAUCCCUUUCGUGUUCCGAACUGGGUUCAGUACUUUGUCUCAAGAACCGUUAGCUCGGCUUCCCAGACUCGCCAGCGAGGUCGAUGUUCAGGAAAAAGAAGCACCGAGUCGUCCCUUGAAUUGGGUUUCCCAAAACUCGCCUUCGCCAACCCGGUUUCAAUAUCAAAAUCAACAUCAACAUCAACAGCAACUCAGAACUCAGUCUGGGAUCGUUUCCAAUUUGUCUUUCGAUGCCAAAUCCUUCUACCCGAGUGACAAAGACGGGUCCUUGGAGCUCCAUAAGUCCGCAAAGGUCGCUUGGGAACUUGGGAGAAAGCUCUGGGAGGAACUCCAAUCAGGAAAAGUUAAAAUUGACUCGACAAAGAAGCCCAAGAAUGGAUCCGAACUGUGUCCGUCUUCGGUUUCUUUAUCCGGGUCGGAGUUUUUGGCCCAUCGCAAUGUCGUGGUGCUGCCCUGUGGGCUUACUUUGGGAUCUCACAUAACGCUGGUGGGGAAACCUAGAGGAGCCCAUGCGGAGACAAAUCCGAGGAUUGCGUUGAUAAAGGACGGGGAGGAUCCUGUAAUGGUUUCGCAGUUUAUGAUGGAAUUACAGGGUUUGAGGACGGUUGAUGGGGAGGAACCACCGCGGAUUCUUCAUUUUAAUCCGAGGUUGAAAGGGGAUUGGAGUAGGAAGCCGGUAAUUGAGCAGAACACUUGUUAUAGGAUGCAAUGGGGAUCUGCUAUGCGGUGCGAAGGGUGGAAGUCUAAAGCCGACGAUGAGACUGUUGAUGGUCAGGUGAAGUGUGAGAAGUGGAUCCGGGAUGAUGAUGAUCACUCUGAGGAGUCUAAGGCAACAUGGUGGUUGAAACGGUUAAUAGGCCGAACAAAAAAGGUGAAUGUUGACUGGCCCUUCCCAUUUGCUGAGGGCAAGCUUUUUGUCCUGACUCUUAGUGCUGGUUUGGAAGGAUAUCAUGUUAAUGUUGAUGGGAGGCAUAUUACUUCUUUUCCCUAUCGAACUGGGUAUACCCUUGAGGAUGCCACUGGACUAACUUUAAAUGGGGAUAUUGAUGUCCAUUAUGUAUUUGUGGCAUCUUUGCCUACAUCAAAUCCUAGUUUUGCUCCUCAAAGACAUCUUGAGAUGUCCAACAGAUGGAAGGCUCAACCACUUCCUGAGCAGCCUGUGGAUCUGUUUAUCGGUAUACUUUCGGCAGGCAAUCAUUUUGCUGAGCGGAUGGCUGUAAGGAAGUCUUGGAUGCAGCAUGAACUUGUUAAAUCUUCAAAUGUGGUUGCUCGUUUCUUUGUGGCAAUGCAUGCAAGAAGGGAAGUGAAUGUAGAAUUGAAGAAAGAAGCAGAAUUUUUUGGAGAUAUUGUUAUUGUGCCUUAUAUGGACAACUACGAUCUUGUUGUGUUGAAAACUGUUGCCAUCUGUGAAUAUGGGGCCCGUGUGGUGGCUGCCAAGUUCACAAUGAAGUGUGAUGAUGACACAUUUGUGAGAGUAGAUGCAGUUAUCAAUGAAGCGAAGAAAGUAAAUGAGGAUAGGAGUUUCUAUAUUGGUAACAUAAACUAUUACCAUAAGCCCCUACGAUCUGGUAAAUGGGCAGUAACAUAUGAGGAGUGGCCAGAGGAAGCUUAUCGGCCCUACGCAAAUGGACCUGGAUACAUAUUGUCAUCUGACAUUGCGCACUUCAUCGUUUCUGAGUUUGAAAGACACAAUUUAAGAUUGUUUAAGAUGGAAGAUGUGAGCAUGGGACUGUGGGUGGAGAGAUUCAACAGCUCAAAACCGGUGGAUUAUCUUCACAGCUUGAAGUUCUGCCAAUUUGGAUGCGUAGAAGAUUAUUACACAGCUCACUACCAGUCCCCAAGACAGAUGAUGUGCAUGUGGGACAAGCUGCAAAGGCAGACAAGGCCUCAAUGUUGCGACAUGAGAUAGUGUUUCUCUCAUAUGUAGACAGAUUUUGCAGUCUUAGCCUCUCUCUCUCUCUAUUGUAUAUUUUAUGGAGGGAUAGGUUAGUUGUAUUUAGGUUGUCUUAAUUCAAAUUUAUUCUUUAUUUUUCCGGAGAUCCGUUCUUUCUUUUUCUUCCUAUUUUUUAGGUUUUUUUCUUAAAGAAAGUGGGGAAUCUUAGAGGCAAAAGAGGGCAGUGAAUCAUUCAUAUCAGAAAAUGAAAGAGAGGUGGCAGAUAUAGGAACAUUUUGGUCACAAUUCCUUCUGUGAUCUUUAGUAUGAUAAAGGCAUUAGAUGGGAAUAAUUCCUCUCACUUGGGCUUCUUUUUUUUUUUUUUUAAAAUACCAUUCUUUCAGACCUUUAGCACUAAAGUUGUCUGCCAUGCAACCAAAGCAGACUCAAUUUAGUGCAAAAAUGCCUCUAAUUCUUCGACAAUGUAUCGACCUAAGCGCAAUAGCAGCAUACCAUGAUAUCAUUUAUAAUCAUUUUAGUAUAAUUAAUUAAUUAUAAUUUAAAAUUAUGUGAAAUUUAUCAAAAUUUUA